UUAUCUAUGACACCUUUGCCACAACCAGCCUCGGUAUUCAUCUUCUAUAUCGGGCAAAAAUUUCCGUGUCCAGUCCUUAUACCUUAUCUAUCCAUCUACAGUACAUGUUUGACAUCUGAACGCGACCUUCCCUCUCCCUAUACUCUUUGUCUUUUGUUUACUUUUUUCUUUAAUAUUUUUGUUACUUUUUUUGGACGGAAUUGUCAUUAACAGAGUCGUAAAGAAAGCUCUAGUUCAUCUUGGAAAGAACGACAUUAUUUUAAUUUCUCAAUCGUCUACGCGGGCAGUGUUUCGUCCGAUAUUUAUACACUCUAUCUAUCUUUUUAGGGUGGCUUGAUUCUCCAAUACUCCAUAUUCAAUUAUGUCUGAGAUUGAUCGAAAGACUAGUGAAGAAAAGAAGGUGUUUGACUCUGCCGAGUCAAAUACCACUACCUUUCAGACUACAGAGGCUAAAAUAUACCCUUCGGAAAGCCGCAACACAUUCUAUGAUAAGUCUCCUGAAGCGGAGGAGGGCUUUUUUGAAAAGAUAGUUAAUGACUUCAAACCUCCUGCUACUGGUCGCCCUGAUGGGGUGGGCUUGAAACGCAAGCUAAAGAAUCGGCACAUGCAAAUGAUUUCUAUUGGAGGUGCCAUUGGUAGUGGCUUGUAUGUCAGCUCAGGAAAUUCACUUGCCGAUGGCGGUGCUGCUUCCGUCAUCAUAAAUUAUUCGUUAACCGGUAUUAUGAUGUUUUUUACCAUUUAUGCUUUGGGUGAAAUGGCCGUGGCAUAUCCCGUAGCUGGUGGUUUCAACACAUAUGCAUCUCGGUUUAUCGAUCCUGCUUGGGGUUUUUCCCUUAGUUGGAACUACUUCAUUAACUACUUUGUGACAUUUCCUUUAGAGCUUACGACAUGCGCCAUUACAUUUAGAUUUUGGACGGACAUAAACAGCGCCGCUUGGAUUUCUAUCUUUUUAGUAACAGUCAUUAUAAUUAAUUUGCUUGGUGUUCGUGCGUAUGGUGAAGUUGAAUUUGUCUUAAGUUUUAUAAAGGUUAUCGCUACACUUGGCUUUGUUAUUUUGGCUAUUAUCAUUGAUUGCGGAGGUGUACCGACUGAUCAUCGUGGUUAUAUUGGUGGUAGUAUUAUCAAGCAUAAUAGCUUCCGCAAUGGAUUCAAGGGUUUUUGUUCAGUUUUUGUCGCUGCAGCUUUCUCCUUUUCUGGUACGGAAGUUAUUGGUUUGGCUGCAGCUGAAACUGAUAAUCCCAAGAAAACCUUACCCAAAAGUGUCCGCCAGAUCUUUUGGAGAAUUGCAUUGUUUUACGUUGUUUCUCUUUUAAUGAUUGGCCUUUUGAUUGAUCCCGAGGAUCCUAAUCUUAUGGGGAAUCAAUCCGGUACCAGUACUUCUCCAUUUGUUCUGGCUAUACAGGAAGCAAAGAUUAAAGGCCUUCCCUCUGUUUUUAACGCCGUAAUUGUUAUUUCCGUUAUUUCUGUAACAAAUACUAGCACAUAUACGGCUGGACGUACCCUCCAUGGUAUGGCCACUCUAAAGCAUGCCCCAAAACUUUUUGUUUACACCGAUCGUCUAGGCCGUCCCUUAAUUGCUAUGUUGGUAGUCUUAGCUUUCGGGUUUUUUGCCUUUAUAAACGAAGCAAACAAGAAUGGAAAUGAUAUUAGUGAUACCGUGUUUAACUGGCUACUUGCUCUUACUGGUUUAUCUAACUUUUUCUGUUGGGGUAGCAUUUGCCUUUCACAUAUUAUUUUUCGCAUUGCCUUUAAGAAACAAGGUCGCUCAUUGAAUGAAUUAGCAUUUGUUUCCCCAAUGGGCAUUUGGGGUUCUUGCAUUGGACUUAUUUUCAACAUUUUGUGUCUUAUGGCCCAAUUUUAUGUAUCACUGUUUCCUCUCGGGGGUAAGCCUAAUGCCAAUGAUUUUUUCCAAGGAUACUUGGCUGCUGUUGUUGCUAUAGUUUUCUUCGUUGGAUAUAAAAUUUAUGAUCGCCGUUGUAUUCCAAAUCUUUCUCAAUUAGAUCUGGAUACUGGUUUUCACUCUGCUGAGUUUUACAACAGUUUCGAUGGAUCAGAAAAUGAGCCAAAGAAAGAAAAAGGUGUCUUCAAAAAAACGUUGGAGUUCUUUUGCUAAUUAUGAACGUUAAGCAAAAAGUCCUUUGUUAAGGGAGAAGUGUGAGAUCGGGUUUCUCUUUUUUUAUGUAAUGCAUUGUCAAAUCCGCGUUAAUUUAGGUGUCGUUCAUUUGACUGAACGAAAGAGUCAUAUGGGCACGUUAAAGAGUUUAACUUAUUAGUCUUUUUUGUUCGUUUAAAAGGUUACGAAUUAAUAUAAGAGAAAAUAAAAAGGUUGAAAGUUUGAAAAUGAAUACAAUGGGCUGGCUUUCUUUUUUGUUUGAUCUUAUAUUUCUAAAUUAUUUUUAGGUGUUUAGAACAGUAAAAAAAAAUAAGAAUUUAUUAGCAUAAUAUGAAAUCCUUUUUCUGAC